CUCUUUUACUUGCUCUCUAUCACACCAGCACUGGUCAUUCAGUUACAGACUAACCUUACGCUAAAUUAAUAGAAGCACAUCAUUUUAACUUGAUUAACCUACUGAAUUAUGCCAAUAACCUCCUUAUUGAAAACGUCGGUGUUCUGUUAGGAAUUGCUAUGUAAAAUGUGAGCAACCAAUGGGCUAUGGAAUAACACAAGUAUUAUACUGACCUGAAGAAUAACUUAUCUGGGUAGCAGCUGCAUGUUGAUAUUUCAACUUGCUCUUGAAGACAAAGUUGAAGAGAAAUCAUGCUCUUUUUCUUCAAGUCAUAAUGAAAAUCAAAUGUCUCUUUCCAAACAGAAGGCAAAGGAAACAAGCUUUUUCUUUGUUUUUUUUUUUGCUGUUUGGGAUGUGUGCCUUGCUGCUUCUCAGUCUAAAGGUCAGUAUUAAAGACAGAGUUCCAGUUGAACCCUACAGAAAUAUAGACUCCGGGGACAAUGGGCUGCACCCCCGCUACCAAAUCGACUGCAAUGCCAUCUAUGAAAUGGAUCCGGCUGAGGUGGGAAAGUCACUGGCCAUCAGAAAACAGAUUAUGGUGGAGGAGCAAGAUGAGAGCUUGGUCAGCCUGACCUCCAACUGUUCGAGGUACUUAAACUCCCGGGGCUAUGGGGCUGUCCUGGUGUCCAAGGAGGAGGAGGCCUUCCCACUGGCCUACUCCUUGGUGGUCCAUAAGUCGGCCUCCAUGGUGGAGAAGAUUCUGAGGGCCAUUUACGCGCCUAACAACAUCUACUGUAUCCACUAUGACCUGAAGUCAUCAGAACAGUUUGCGAAGGCCAUGGAGGGUCUGGCUCGCUGCCUGCCCAAUGUCUUCAUAGCUUCCAAGCUGGAGUCUGUGAAGUAUGCCAGCAUCAGCCGCCUCAACGCUGACCUCAACUGCUUGUCCGACCUCAUGGCGUCAGAGGUGAAAUGGAGGUAUGUCAUCAACUUGUGCGGUCAGGACUUCCCCCUUCGCUCCAACAUUGAGCUGGUGGCUGACCUGAAGAAGCUUCGGGGGGGCAACAUGAUGGAGACGAGUCUUCCCAGCAUAUACAAGAAAGAGAGGUUCUCCUUCCGCCACGAGCUUCAGAACGCUUCUUUUGAGUACCAGCAGCUGCCGGUGAAAACACUCAAGGCCAAGGAGCCUCCGCCACAUGGCAUCCAGAUGUUUAUCGGCAGUGCCUACUUUGUGCUGUCGCGGGAGUUUGUCACGUACGUGGCCACGUCCACACUGGCCAGGGACUUCCUGGCGUGGUCGCACGACACCUACUCCCCGGACGAACACUUCUGGGCCACGCUGACACGGGUGCCAGGUGUUCCGGGCGAGGUGUCCCGGACCCAGCCAGACGUCACCGACCUGAUGAGCAAGACCAGGCUGGUGAAGUGGGAAUACCUGGAGGGAAUGCUUUACCCGGCGUGCACAGGGAUACACAUCCGCAGUGUGUGUAUCUACGGGGCGGCGGAGCUGCGCUGGCUCCUGAAAUUUGGCAGCUGGUUUGCCAAUAAGGUGGACCCCAAAGUUGACCCGGUCCUUAUCCAGUGCCUGGAGGAGAAAUUAAAGGAGAAACAGACAGCAAUGGUCAUGGCUGUAAAUCAAGCACUCCUCGCCAGGAAAGGGUUAAAUUCAUCAACGGUUAAUUGAUUAACUACUUCAUCGAUUUAUUCAUCAUGGGUUCACUGUCCACCACGAUUGUGGAUUUGUCCAUGUGGUAUCUCCAUAUGCCACACACUACCUGGGACAACAUGUGCAAUAUGUCAGAUGCCACAAAAUAUAUUUCAGACACCACAUCCAAUAUCUCAGAGACCAUAUGCAUUAAAACAAAUACAGUAUCAAAGACACCACUGGGACGAUUUUGAUUCAACAGGUGAAUGUCUUUGAUUGGCCACAGGUGACUCUGUAGUAAUCUAAAUGAAAGUUCGUUACAUGGGAUAUAUCAACUGGCCAAAGUGGGCACUGCAAUAUUUAUUGGGGUCGUUUCCUGUCGGCUGGAAAAUGUAGGAAUGUGGUCUUUUGUAAUGCAAUUUUUACACCAGCACCAGUUUAGUGUCUUUAGUUCAUAAUGUCUGAUAAACCUUAUCACGAUGUGGUUGUUGAUACAUAUGUACAAGAAAGGAAGUGUAACGCUGGAUGAGGUAUACUUGCUACUUGAAGGGGGUAAUGUCUGUAACAGUCAGACCUUUUUGUAAAUUGAAUUUGGAUAAUGAAGGUAUAACUUCAGCUCCCAGGGUAAAACCAGUGAAUGAUGACUGACAGUAUUUACUUUAUAAAUUACUAAUAUUGAUAAACAGUGUUAAUGAUUGUGUUUGAUGUGAACCAGUCCACAUGCACAACCAGACAGAACCAGUUAUAUACAGCCUUAUUAAAUUCAUGUCACCUAUUCACUAUGAAAGCAUGUUGGACAAAGUUUAUUUUAACAUUUUUAUACAGUGAAUUUUGUUGAAGAGAACAGAUUGUUCUGUUUCUCAUUGCAAUAUGUAAUGCAGUGUUUCAUUUAAUCAGGUGCCUGAGUAUUUCAGGAGUUAUUAACCCGUCCCGUAUCUAUAAAAGGUGCAUUGUAUCUACUUCGGGGGAGGAAAUGUGGCAUAAAAAACGAAGCAGGCUAAAAUGUCAAUGUGCAUACAUUUUUGUAAAAAAAUUGUUUACAUUGUUGACGUGCCAUUAGCCCUGUUUGGUUCUUUAUCUCUGUUCAUGUAAUUUGUCACAUGCUCCAUCUAUCAAGAUGUUUCUGAAUUAAAAUGAAUGAAUGUGUAUUUUAAUUGGUUUUUAAAUCGGUGAAGUAUCGUUUCUAGUUUGGAGCUUCCCACCCUGUUCACAAAUUUGACUCACUGGAAACAUUAAAUGCUUUUAAUUAACCUUUUGGUUUUAUACUGCUUUUCUGUAGUCAUACAUUCAAAAAUAUUAUGGUCAAAAUGCUGAAAAAGUUGGGUAUGUUCUGGGGCAGUAGAUUUCUAGCAUUGAUACUGAACAACUUUCUCUACUAUAGUGUGGUUUUCUCACCCUGCUGUUUGCAAAAGGGAUGCAGCUACUGUUCUUGUUUUACUACUUACUACUACUUUUAUGACUGUAUCAGGAGAUACAUCUUGUUUGUUUAUUUACCAGAAAUAUGGACAGUCACAUUCUUUCAGCUACAUUUUAGUUUUUAGUUUUAUUUUGUUUAACCAGGGGGCACAUUGACACCUGAGUCUCAUUCACAAGUGUGGGAACACAAUCUAAUGAAUGGCACGAAAAUAUAAAUACAUAUAAAACAGACAAUAAUACAUCGACAUACACGGUUAGUUGUCCUUCGCCAUUAAAACAAACCGACCCAAGGACACUAAAACGAAGUACUGACUGGAUGCCAUUCCAAACAUUAGGCGCUAAACAUGAAAAAGCUGAUCUACCAAGCUCAGGGUCUCUGAUGGACCAGUCUCGGAGGAUGUAGACACUCUCAGAAAACUGCUGGAGACUUCACUGAACCUUAAGAAUUAGACUUUUUAAGAAUCUGAAUUGCUGGGACAGAGAUACAGUUAGGUCCGGACACUGACACAAUUUUCAUAAUUUUGGCUCUGUACGCCACCACAAUGGAUUUGA